GCAGAGCUCGCCGGGAUGACGCUGCUAUCGCGAGCUUAUCACGUUAGCUCGGUUAGUUAGCUAGCCGCGAAAAACCUUGACCGUGUACGCUGCGUUUUUACACUUUUCUCUCCAAAAGCACCGAGAGGACAUCGCGCAUUUCUGUCGUGAUUAUUGUCCACUCCCGCGUGUACGAAACGGAUAAUCCUCGGACCUUUUGUUCGCACGGACCCCAAUGAUGAGUUAUGCUGAAAAGCCAGAAGACAUCACAAAAGAAGAGUGGAUGGACAAACUGAACAAUGUGCACAUACAGAGGGCGGACAUGAAUCGCCUCAUCAUGAAUUACCUGGUGACAGAGGGUUUCAAAGAAGCUGCAGAGAAGUUUCGGAUGGAGUCUGGGAUCGAGCCGAGCGUGGACCUGGACUCCUUGGAUGAAAGGAUAAAGAUCAGGGAGAUGAUCCUGAAGGGACAGAUACAGGAAGCCAUUGCACUCAUCAACAGCCUACACCCAGAGCUGCUUGACACCAAUCGAUACUUGUAUUUUCAUCUCCAGCAGCAACAUUUGAUUGAGCUAAUCAGGCUAAGGGAGACUGAGUCAGCGCUGGAGUUCGCCCAGACACAGCUGGCGGAGCAGGGGGAGGAGAGCCGCGAGUGUCUGACGGAGAUGGAGCGAACGCUAGCCCUCCUGGCCUUCGACAACCCAGAAGAGUCGCCCUUUGGGGACCUGCUCAACAUGAUGCAGCGGCAAAAGGUGUGGAGUGAGGUGAACCAAGCCGUGCUGGACUAUGAAAACAGGGAGUCAACGCCCAAACUGGCUAAACUCCUGAAGUUACUGCUGUGGGCACAGAAUGAGCUGGACCAGAAGAAGGUGAAAUAUCCCAAAAUGACUGACCUCAGCUCGGGCACCAUCGAGGACCCCAAGUGAACAUAGCAGAGGAGAACAACCGUAAUUUAUGAUCAGUCAGUGACUGUGUGACAACCAGGUAACGUAUAUGUAUAAACAAAUGCUACAUUGUUUUUGUUUUUCACAUGUCAUCCAUCAGAGAUACAACUUUAACUCUUUGUGCAAACUGUAAAUUGCUGUAUUGCAAGUUGGAAGAAAUUAUAUAAAUACCGUUCCAGAAUUUUUAGAUCUUUGAGAAGACAAAAUUAAAAUUGCCGUUUUUAUAUUUUGCCUUUCUAAAGCUUAAGCCGGUAGUAUUAUUUAUUGUAGGAGAGGGAGAGAGAGAAUUGAGGACACAAUUUAAGAGUAUUUGUAAAUUGAAAGAUAUGCAAAUAAAUGUAUUCUAGUUUAAAUCAAUUAAUAUCAAUUAAAAUAUUGUAUGAUUUGUCGUACCAUAACAAUGUUCCUAUAGGAUGAUCCACUUUGCAAAGUAAUAUUGUGUGUGUGUGGAGAGGGUGAUACGCAAGUUAAAUCUCAAAACUGGCUUCCAUAUUACGUUUUUAGCACCCUCGGCCUAUUUUGAGCCUCAGUAUGCGUCACUAUUCCUCAUGAAAGGGUUUUAUAUUACAACGGGGUUGAGAUUAAAAGAAUAUUCUACCAUUCUGAAUGACUGAGGUGGGAUUUCUGUUUCUUGAGAGAAAGGGCUGCUCCGUCAAGAGAUGCUAACGAGUGACUGUGCCAAUAACGACUCUGUUAUUUAAACUUUAUUCACACUGGAACAGAUUUCUUUUUUCAAUGGCUGUGUUUUGUUUUUUAAUAUUUAUAUAUCAAUGAUUAAAUGCAUUGACGUUUUGAAUAAGUCCCAGAACGUGUAAUUUAUUUUGCCACUUUUAAAGCCGUUCAUAUUUUUCACUUCUACUGCAUGUAAAUGUAUUUAUUAUUUUUCAAUGGGGAAAUGCUCUUGCGCUAGUUUUUGUUUUGUUUAUUAACUUUUAUAUAUAUAUAUAUAUAUAUAUAUAUAUAUAGAUUGCUGCUAGUUGUUAGUCCUUAAUUUAACUUAAAGUUAUUUUGUCUAUAGAUGUUGGCUUUGACAAAUACUAAGACCCAGUGAGCCCACAUCCCUUUUUAUUAUUCAACAUUUUUAAGAUCAGAUUUGCAAUUAUUAAAAUAAACAAAACUUUUGUGAACCAUACAACA